CUCAGAGUAGUUUUGACCUGAAAGAGUCAAAACAGAAGGUGUGUGUGUGUGAGAGUGAGUGUGUCAGACUCAGAUGUGUAAAUCACACAAAGUGCAGGAGGAAUUCACUUGUGUUUACAACUCGACAGACCUUUAGAGGAAGUGAAAGCGACAGUAUGUAACCAGCCACAGGUUAUCAGUUAACAGGUGGUUUGAAAACUUCCCGGCUGUGAAGAUUGUGCACUUCUCCCAAUGUUCUUACAGCAACUGGAAAGAUGAACCAGUGCCACUUUUAUUUUAAGCGAUGAUUCAGAUAAGUUGUAAGUAAACAAAUAUAUGUAGUUUCCAACAAGGAGGAGGAAGGUUUUCCAUCUACAUUUAAAAUGUCAAGUGUGCUUUCAUCCAUAAUGGGGCUCAGUUCCAUCAAAAGGAAACAAGCCAAAACGUUCAACGUCAGAAUAGUGACGAUGGAUGCUGAAUUGGAGUUCAGCUGCCAGCUGAAGUGGAAAGGAAAGGAUCUGUUUGAACUCGUGUGCCGGAAGCUGGGGCUCAGGGAGAGCUGGUUCUUUGGUCUGCGGUAUGAUGUUAAAGACACCAUCGCAUGGCUCAAGAUGGACAAGAGGGUUAUGGACCAUGAUGUGCCCAAAGAUGAGCCAAUAGUUUUCCAUUUCCUGGCUAAGUUUUACCCAGAGAAUGCUGAAGAGGAGCUGGUACAGGACAUAACCCAGCAUCUCUUAUUUUUACAGGUGAAAAAGAAGAUUCUUGAAGAGGAGAUCUACUGUCCUCCUGAGGCAUCAGUGCUGUUAGCCUCGUACGCCGUCCAUGCUAAGUAUGGUGAUUACGAUCCUAAUGUCCACAAGCCGGGCUUCCUGUCCCAGGAGGAGCUGCUACCAAAGAGAGUUAUUAAUCUAUUCCAGAUGACCACGGAAAUGUGGGAGGAGAGAAUCACAAUCUGUUAUGCUGAGCACAGAGGCAGAACCAGAGAUGAAGCAGAGAUGGAGUACUUAAAAAUAGCUCAGGACCUGGAGAUGUAUGGGGUCAAUUACUUCUCCAUUAGGAAUAAAAAGGGAACCGACUUGCUGUUGGGUGUUGAUGCGUUGGGUCUUCACAUUUAUGAACCCGAGAACAAACUGACACCCAAAAUCUCUUUUCCCUGGAAUGAGAUCAGAAACAUCUCUUACAGCGAUAAAGAGUUUGCCAUUAAGCCCUUGGAUAAGAAAGCAGACAUGUUUAAGUUCAACCCAUCAAAACUGAAGGUCAAUAAACUGAUUCUUCAGCUGUGCAUCGGGAACCACGAUCUGUUUAUGAGGAGACGUAGAGUGGACUCGCUGGAGGUCCAGCAGAUGAAGUCACAGGCGAGAGAAGAAAAGGCUCGGAAACAGAUGGAACGCCAAACGUUGGAAAGAGAGAAAAGGUUGCGCGAGGAGGCAGAGAGAGCUCGCGAUGAGCUGGAGAGGCGACUGAUGCAGGUACAGGACGAAGCUCAGAUGGCCAAUGAAGCACUGUUACGUUCAGAGGAGACGGCUGACCUGUUGGCAGAGAAGGCACAGAUCGCAGAAGAAGAGGCCAAGCUGUUGGCACAGAAAGCAGCCGAGGCAGAGCAGGAGAUACACCGCAUUAAGGUGACGGCGAUUCGCACUGAAGAGGAGAAACGAAUGAUGGAGCAGAAGAUGCUCGAGGCCGAGAUGCUUGCGCUGAAGAUGGCAGAAGAGUCAGAGAGGAGGGCAAAAGAGGCCGACCAGCUGAAACAGGACCUGCAGGAGGCACGAGAGUCGGAACGCCGAGCCAAAAACAAACUGCUGGAGAUCACCAGCAAAUCGGCGAAUUCGCCUGCACCGCUGUCUGCCAACGCUCUUCCCCCUGACGGCACUAACUUCAACUUCAGCACUGAGAACCUGAGUUAUGACUUCAAAGACACGGACAUGAAACGGUUGUCCAUGGAGAUCGAGAAAGAGAAGGUGGAGUACAUGGAGAAGAGCAAACAUCUUCAGGAGCAGCUGAAUGAACUGAAGACAGAGAUUGAGUCAUUAAAGCUAAGAGAGCGAGAAACGCCGCUGGAUAUCCUGCACAACGAGAACGCCGAGAAAGGCACCAGCAAACAGAGCAACUUUAAAAAGCUCACUCUACAGAGCACCAAAUCCAGAGUGGCUUUCUUCCAAGAGCUAUAGCUAUCUGAACGGACCAAUCCAUACCGUUUGUAUGUGUGAAUGUCAAUCCUGACAGGCUGUGACCCAUUCCUCUACGCAUAGCACAUUCCGGUGAUGAAGAAUGUAUUUUUGAUUAAAGUUUACAUUUACAUGAGAAGACCAGGGUCUCGACGUGGCCUACAGAGACAUUGGUCUUUCCCUCAUCUACAAGCAGAAAAACACGAAAUAGUUUACUGAAUUUGUUCAUAAAUCUAUUAUGAAGAUAUGACAUGGACAUUAAGUGCACACACGCUCCCUACACUACGUCUGAGAAUCUCACUUUCAUUUCUCCGACUGCAUAGCAGAUUUUUGUCUCACAUUUGAUAUGUCAGAAUAAUCGCCCUGAAGCAGUGGUAUUUCACCAUUGUGCUGAAUUAGGCCGUGUUCACACUUGACUUCUUUUUCGAAGCUGCUAGUGUCUGUUUUACAAUAUAAUCCUAUGGAGUAAAUAGUGUUUUCAAAAAACGUCCCGAGCGCUUUUUUAAACGCCGGCGUCUUUUUCUGUAGCUCAGAACGUCUUUUGAGGUUGAAAAAAGUUCAGUUUCUCUGGAAAAAAAACUCCUACGUCAAGCUCCUUUUUCACAGCUAACCAAUGACAGAGACCUGUCGUUUCCAUAACAACGUACGAGGAACGUGAUUGGUCGAGAAGGCUCAAGCUCAAAAAAAUAAAAUGGCGGCCGAAACGCCCGUUGGAGCAUUGUUUUGUAUAAAUGUAAGUUUAAUUUUCACUUUCAACAACUUCUGAUUGCAGUUCUAGCGAGAAAUUAAUAUUGUAGUUUUUAAAUAUGCGAUUAGAUAUCGCAAAGACGCUCUCUGUGUAUAAUUCAAAUAGACUUCCGUUCGCUGCCUAUCUGUUUCUCUGGGCUGCCUCCGAAGUCAUGGCGUUCGGCUGCUAUUUGUAACCAAAUUUUUUUUUUACAAAAAAGCGCCUUUCUUGUCAAAAAAGAAGUCAAUUGUGAACACGGGCUUAGGCUGCUUUAUAUUUUUGCUUUUACAUACGUUUGAAUUGAACCUCAUUGUGUUACAGUUUUGAAGCUGGUUUACUCAUCCCAUGAAUAUGGGAUGUUUUAGGAGAAGUAAUACUAUUAAAAAACAAAACGCUAUUGACUUUAUGUAGUUUACUUUUAGUUUACUUUUCUUGAAAUGUUUUACAAUGUUUAAAAAAAUGAAUAUAUUUUUAAAACGUUUUUGUGCUGAGAAAUAAAGAAGUUG